CUGUGUUAGUGUGUUGUUUUCCGCGAGCUUGUUCUACGUGUGCCAUCGCAGAGGAGCAAGAGUGAGGGAGAGUAUACCAACUUUGUAGUGCCACACUCUCGUAAGGGCUUAUGGUUUAUGGUUACUGUUUAUAAGGGAGCGUGCCACUACAAAGUUGGUACUAUCCCUCACUCUUGCUUCCGUAUGAUGGCACAUCUAGAACAAGCUUGGAAAACGACACUGCAGUGUCACACGCAUUGGGGACGCAGCCUGAGACUGAGUUGAUGAGAGUGAGUUCUCUCUCUCUCUCUCUCUCUCUCUCUCUCUCUCUCUCUCUCUCCUGUCUCUCUCCAGAUUGCGCAGCUGACAAGAAAAAGAAUCUGGGAGAUAUGGAGAGCACUACCUUGAGCCAAAGUGUGGAGUCACCCAGUUCAGAGCCCAUCACGAGCAAGCCCGUUAAAAUUAAAGAGGACUGCUGUGACACAGAGUUGGUAGCCAAGGAUAUUAAGUCCCGUCUGAGUCUUGUGAACAGCGAGCACUGUGAUCGAAAGCAAACUCAGAGCAAUGGACUUGGUCAGAUGAAUGGGAGCUGUGAACCUAAUGCCAGUGCUGAGCUUCAGACCAAGUCUCUGGAAACUAGUCAUGUUAAUCAACAAUCAGAUAAGGAAGAGGGAUCUUCUCAGACAAGAAGAGACAGUGGUAUCGAUUAUGUUAGCUAUACAAGUGAACUGCAAAUGCCAGAUAUUAUGAAAUUAAUACAGAAGGACUUGAGUGAACCCUACUCCAUAUACACAUACAGAUACUUUAUUCACAACUGGCCAAAAUUGUGUUUUCUGGCAAUGGACGGAAAAGAGUGCGUUGGUGCUAUAGUAUGUAAGCUGGAUAUACACAGAAAAGUGACAAAGCGAGGAUACAUAGCGAUGCUGGCAGUGGACAUAAAGUAUAGAAAACGAAGAAUUGGCUCAAAUCUGGUGAGGCGAGCAAUCCAGGUGAUGAUUGAAGAUGAUGCGGAUGAAGUUGUGCUCGAGACUGAGAUCACCAACCACUCAGCUUUGCGGCUUUAUGAGAACCUUGGCUUUGUGCGCGAUAAAAGAUUAUUCCGCUACUACCUGAAUGGUGUAGAUGCUCUAAGACUUAAGCUGUGGCUCAGAUGAAAUUGGUUUGUGUGUUUGUGCCAGUAGGAACUUGAAAAUAAUAAAAGAAGCAACAUAAACAAUUGUGUUAAUAUUUAAUGAAUAAGCAAGAUGGAUCAAAUGUUUGCAUCUCUAUGUGACAGAUUCUUGGUGGCCACUGAUUGAGAUAAUCUUUUUAAUGUUUUUAAAGAAAGUUUUAUCUCUUUGAUUAUAAUGUAAGAUUAUGGACCGAGCGUUUCCUUUGUGUCCUAUGAUUUAUUAUCAUUAAUAUCAUUAUUUUGUUCCACAUGAAUGUAUAAAAAUCUAGUAAUAAUUUACUGCAUUAACAGUUUAAAUUUUGCCAUCAUUUCUGACAUCGAAGGCCGCUUCUAAUGACUAAAAAUGCAAGUAAUCAACUAGAGAGUUUGUUUGACAGUUUUUAAUUGAAAACGAUAUUUUAUAGUGGGACUAUUAAGAGAUUUGAAAAUUACAUAUACUACCAAAUAUAAAUCUUUUUUGAAACUAAAUACGUUCAAUUUGAUAUUGAAAUUCAAGGCUAACCUUGAAUUGCAGUCAUGCACGUUUUAGUGACAGUGUUCUGAUGUGCUCAAAUUCAAAGCGCAAAAUACACUGUGAAACAGUUGAAAUAACAUGAUGCAGCUCGUGAAAUGAACGUUAUAAAUUAUUAAUGAAAACUUCAAACAGUAAUGUAAAGUGAUAAAAAAAUGGACCGAUAUUUAUUAAAAUAUAUAACAUUUGAACAGGCAAUGAGAUUUCAUUUAAAAAAGGAUAUUAUAAUUUGUGAAAUCAAGAAAUUACCCAUUGCACUAUAAAUAAUAUAAUAAGUAUGCAUUAGAACAACCAAGAAUUCAAUGAAUUUGCAUUGUCUGUUUGUCACAAUUUGUAUAAAACAUAUACAACGUGGAUACAAGAUGGAUCACAAUUUAAUUAUUAAUAAAAAAUGUAAGAAAUGUUAAUACAUAAAAUAAAUGUUUUUACAGCAUAAAUCCGUAAUACAGUAAACAUAAAUACUAAUACCCUAGACUAGUUCUCACAUUUAUAGUGUACUAUUAUAAUUUAUAGAACAUAAUAUUACUUUUGAAGUCUGUUCUUUAACGGUUUCUAGUUGCUAUAAUAUAAUGAAAUCAUACUUGGCGAUUUCCCAAAGUAAAUACGAAAACAUACUUCGCAUUAUUUUACGUUGAUGUUCUAUUUCUUUAUUUAUGUUUACUUAGAUAAUUCUUUUAUUUAAGAAUUUAUAAGAUAUUAGAAUGGAGCGGAGGAGUAAGUAUGCAGGUAAUUAAAAAAAGCUCGCGAGUAGCGUAGCAGGUAAGUACUUAUUCGUAAAGCAAAGAUAAGUAUGUACAUACUUAUACCUACAUAUAAGUUUACUUAGGUACGCACAAACGCGCCGCGCGGACAAUCCGAGCCGCGAGCGCCGAGCGGUCAUAAAACUUAAAUAAAUUAAAUUCCAGAUUCGCGCGCCUGCGCAGUGUUUGCGUCUCUUACGACUUAUACACGAAAAUUCAUCAGUGCGCCUAUGCCUAUAAAUGCUCCGAAUCUAGAUUCUAGGGUGCUCGAACGGCAUUAGCAAUGUCAGCUCUUUUACCCCCGUGAUCUAAGAAAUUCAUUUUUCUUAGAUCAUGCGUCCGUUUGUUGUCGUAUACAAAAGGAAUUGCAAUUUCUGAGCAAGACAUCGGCGGACUAUACAUAAGUAGCUACUAGUUUUCAACCGGGAACACUGCACUUUGAUCCACGACUUGAAAUUGGACUCGAGGGUGAGACUUGAGAGUAACUUGAAUAAUAAUAAAAUGUCUGAAGACGAAGAUACAACUAUUUUGCUCAAUAAUGCAAGUCGCUCAACAGAACCUCCAGCAAUAAAGCCGCCACUGAAAGAAUAUGAGUACAUCCCUCCAAAAAAGCUUAGAAAGCCAAUACCCAGACAUACUGAGAACCUAACACCGUUGACUACAGAGAACCAAAAUGUUCUUGUCUCUAUCGUCGCUGCGCUGGCUGGAGUUUCUUUUGGCUACGACAUGGGUAUUAGUAGGCAGAUUGCACCUCUGGUCAAGGGAGAAUUUGGACUUGACUGUAAUGAGGAAAACAUGAUCGUUAAUGUGUGGUUUGUUGGAUGUCUACUGGGUGCAGUGUUCGGAGGCAUUAAAAUUGAUACAUGUGGGCGUCGUUGGACAAUGAUAUCUUCUCUUGUAUUUUUAACAUUUGGUUCCAUGCUGUCAGCUUUGGCAAAUCAUUACAUACUAUUUCUAGUAGCGAGAAUAAUUUGUGGCUAUUCAGGCACAGUAUCCGCUAUGGCGCAUUGCAUUUACAUGGCAGAGGUUUCCACCUUCAGUAAACGAGGGUGCAACAUAACUCUGCACCAAUUAGGUGCUGCAGCUGGUCUCCUUUUUGCUGUGAUAGCAGUGGCAAACAAAAGUCCAGAUUAUCAGUGGCGCUUUGCUAUAGGUGUUACUGCGGUACCUGCACUUAUAACUUGCAUUAUUACCAUCAUAUUUCUUCAGAGGUCCCCAUCUUUUAUGUUACUAAAAAGAGUAGCAAAUGUUCCUCGAGUACCAGUGAAAAAUUCUUGGUGUUACGUAUUUGAAACUCUUGUAGUCAUGAUGAUUAUGCUUGCUCUUAGGCAAGGAACUGGGAGACAACAAGUUUUAUACUAUGCUCCAAGAUUAUUUGCGCUUUUGGGAAUAUGUUCUAACAUAGCAAAAGUUACAUCCAUGAUAGCCCUGGGAGUUGUUAGAGUUUUUAGUACUAUACUCUGUUUGAUUGUUGCGGAAAGAUGUGGACGCCGAACAGCUCUCAUAACUUCAGCCACAAUUUGCAUGACAUCGGUAUCCCUCCUGUCUUUGCUAGCAACAUUGGAUAGAGGUGACGAAUUGUUAAACUUUCCAAACGAACCAUGCAGUUUAGUCACAACGAACACCAUGGGAAACGAAUUUUUGAAUAAGAUGAAAUCUAUCUCCCCAACUGGCUCGCCACCACCUUUUCCACUAUUACCUACUCCACUGGCUAUAACUGCACCAAAUACAGAAACUUGGACUCAAGUAAAAGCAUCGUGUGAGACACAGAAUAUCAUCACAACAGAUGGUCUUACGGGAGGAUUAAAAAUUUUAGCUGUUAUAACGUUACUUGUCUUUGAAUCAGCUUAUGCCUUAGGUCUUGGCCCAGUACCAUUAUUGACACUCAGUGAAGUUUUUCCAGCAGCAAUAAGAGGAAAAUGUGUUGGAUUUUCUGUAAUUGUUUUAUGGCUUGUUCAUAUAUUACUUUCUGAAUCCAUUGGAAGAAUGACAAGAGCAAUGACACUGGCUGGUACAUACUUAUUUUACAGUUUUAUGUGCCUUAUAGCAAUACUGUACAUUUUUUUAAUUUAUCCUGAAACAAAGGGAAAAUCGUUAAACCGUAUUGCACAAGAAUUACGGAAAAUACCUUUGGCUACUCGCAUAUGCAAUAAUAUGCGAAGUUUGCCAACGAUCUGCCAUAUAGAAUGGAUCAUAAAAUUUGGCGAGAAAGCCAAUCAAAGCACGCCAAUAUGAAGGUCCUGUGAUCUUGAAUCUCUUCGAACAGAGGCCUGCGAUAAAGAUGAUCAAUGCGCAUUUCUGCAUGCUAUUCAAGCAAUCAGCUCUAGAGUGAUCAGUAUUUUAUACUUUUUUAAACGGAUUUUUGCAUCCAAUUCAAAGUUUUUAAAAACUCAAUCAAAAUGAUUUAUAUUAAAAUUUAUUCUUGAAUGUUUGGUUGACACUCUCAAAAUUGAAAAUUUAUCAUAUGCAAAACUUGGAAUGUGACUAACAUUUAAGAGAACUUUAAAUCUUCCAUUGAUUUUUACUAAGUACAAUAAAGUGUUAUGACCUUUGUAAAAUAUACAGCUGGUACCACAGUAGUAUCAUAAUCACAUAAGUCAUGUAUACUUUUUUGUAUGAUUGAAAAAUCUGUUUCAAAAAUUAUACAUGAUUCGUUUACACUUAUAAUACACACAACUUUUUCAAAAACAAAUAUUUUUUUUUUAAUUUGUAUCAGUGGCAAUUAUUUGACAAAGAUUAACUUCAUCAAAAAUAAAUAAUUGAACGUAAUAAUAUAAAAAAUAUGUAAUUUUUAUAAUUAGACAAUCUAAUAAAUGGAAUUUUAAAUUCCGUUUUAUUCUUACUAUCUAUUUGGCAUAUUAGGUUAUUAAUGAUAAUACUGCCUGACAUAAAAAGAUGCAUACUGACUUUUCUAUUGCAAGUUUUUUUUUAUUUAAACUUCAAACUUCUUAAUAAGAAUAUAAAGUUAAGUAUUAAGUAAAUCAUUUACAUAAAAAAGAAAGCUGCUGUAUUUUAAGUAGCAUAAAUCAAUAACCAUGAUGUGUUAUGAUAACAAAUAAAUUUAAUGUUGGUAAUAAGUAUAUCAUUGAGAAAAACAAAUGUCUUUUUCAAAUUCAAGUUGGAUCUCGGUAAAUGAAUUAUGAAUAUAUAGGACUUAAACAUUUUGUAAAUAGAUAUUUAAAAAAUUUACAACUUUUUGAUAUGAUUUUUUCUAUUUUUUCUUUUUUGUAUUAUAGUUUUACAAAUAUAUUUACUAGUCAUUAAUCUUAGUUUCAAUAAUAUUGCAAAAAUACUAUAAAAAUACUGUUAGUGUUACUGUGUAAGAUAAAGUAAAAAUAAACGUAACUUUAAGAUAAAUAUCAUGUUACUUAUAAUUAUUAAUGUUCAGUGGAAACAGAAGUUCACGAACAAUCUUCUAUACUGCCUAAAUUACAAAUGUACUGUUUUUUUUUUUAACAAGGACAUGAAAUCAUGACUUGCAUUUAUAUAUUAUAUCAUAAGCAGGAAUUUGACGAUUUACAGCUUUAGACUUUAAGAUCUUUUGUCAAGUUAAUUUUAAUUGCUUGUAGGAUUGCCUUUUGUAAGAAUAGUUCUAACUAAAACAUCAAAUCCUAACGUGAACUUAGUAAUUAUAAUUACUCAAUAAAGUACGCAUUAAUAUUAUCAUAAAUGUAAUUAGCAAAAUUAUAUAAUAUACAAAUCAUACUCAAGUUUAUUGAGGAUAACAAGCGUUGUAUUUCUAAGAUUUUAGCAAUAUGAUUAUUUUUAAUGAAACAAAAAUUUUUCAUAGACUAAGGAAAUAGAUUAAAUAGAUAUUUUUUAUUUAUGGUUUAUAAUAUAUUUAUCGUAUAAAAUAUGUCUUGACUUAUUUGUACACUCUAAACAAUGAUUUCAAUAAAAAACUAUUCAAUUUAUACAAA